AUGUCUCAUAAACACGCUAGUGAUAUUAUAUCAACAGAAGAUUUAUUAUCAUCUAUUAUAACUAAUGAAUCAGAAACAACUAAUAAUAAAAUACGUGCUUUGAUUAUUGUUCCUGGUGGUGGUGGAAAAACAACUUUAGUCAACUGUCUCCAAUCAACAAAUAUUAAUUGUGCAGAUAUUGAUUAUUAUUGGGAUCAAGAAAAAGAAAAAGAAUAUAUUAAUAAAUUAACAUUUGAAUGGAAAAAUGCUUGUUUAGAUAUUAAAAAUAGAGAAAAACGCCAUCAAAUAGAAGAUGAAUAUGUUUUAUUAAAAUCAAUUUUAUCAAAAGAAAAAUGGUCUAAUGAAUACAUGUUAGAUAUUUUAUUUGUUCAAACUUUUAAACAAGCAUCGUUAUUAAUGGAUAAAACAUGUUUUUCAUUAAAUCUUUUACCUACAAUUAAAUUACAUCAUCAUAAUUUAAAUUUACGUAGUUCAUCAAUUGAACAUGCACCAGAUGAUUUUGAUGUUUGUAUAAGACAAUGGAAAGAAAAUGAGCAACAUAAACCAUAUGUAUUAUAUGAUAAUUUCGAAGAAUUUCAACAUAUUGUUAGUUUAUUUCAUCAAUUUGUUUUAUCUAAAAGAUAA